GCAGAGGCAGUCAGGCAGCAUGGUGCUCCACGUGACACCGACUGCUCUGACGGAGCCAAUGUACAUCCAUCCCAUGACAGCCUACUCGUGGCCUCCCUGCGAAUCCCCACCAGGAGUGCUCGACGAUGCCCUCGUGGCUCCCAAUCCUGGCAGUCUGGGACACCCAGAGGUCUGUCGCCGGCCGUGUAUCUACUUCGCCGAUUCCGCCUGCACCAGCGGGGACAAGUGUGGCUAUUGCCACCUACCGCAUACACAGCGGCCUGCACAUCUGGACAAGCGGCAGAGGGAACUGAUGAAGUCGCUGAACAACGGCGAACUCAUGACAGUGUUGCUGAGGCAUUUGCGACUGAAAGCCGCAGAGAAGGGCUUCCUCCCAUUGGCUUCGGAAUUGCUGGCCAUCCUGGAGCGACACGCGGUGGCGUGCGCUGCACAAUUGCCAACAAAGGUGCAGAGCAAGCUGGACGCCCUUCU